CUGAAGAAACAAGUGGAGCUGAAAGUCAGAGUCCCCCAAGUGGAGGUGGAGGAUGGGGUGGACUCUCUCCAGCUGCCCUUCAAUACCACAGGUCUGCUUGAAGACGCUAUAGUGGUCUGGAAGGACGGGAAAUCCAGAAUGGUCCACAUGUAUCAGAAUGGCUCUGACCAGCUUAGAGAGCAGCACCAGGUUUACAGAGACCGAACAAAGAUGAAUGAAGACCUGCUGAAAACUGGAGACCUCAGUCUGACCCUGAAACAUCCCACGGACUGUGACGGUGGAGCUUUCAUCUGUGAAGUUUGGAGGAAUGGAGACAUUUUCAGAGCAAAACCACUGCUGCUUAAACCCAAAGUCUGUCAGGUGGAGGUGGAGGAGGGGGUGGAGUCUGUCCAGCUGCCCUUCAAAACCACACAAAACCUGCCUGAAGAUGCUACGGUGGUUUGGAAGGACCAAAUCAAUAACAAGGUCCACGUAGACCGAACGAAGAUGAAUGAAGACCUGCUGAAAACUGGAGACCUCAGUCUGACCCUGAAAUACCCCACAGACUGGGACAACUGGACCUACACCUGCACCGUCUACAGCAGGGAGGGAAACAUCCUGCUGAAGAAACAAGUGCAGCUGACAGUCAGAGACAUUGUUGAGCUGGCUCUGCUGAUCUUGUCUUCAUUUCUCCACUAUUUGGAGAAGCUUCAGCAGGAUCCGCAUCAGAAGGAUGGAGGCUGGAUCUUUGAAGAGCGUCAGCGUACUGACACGGCUGCUUCUGCCUGA